UCCCUCUUUCUCAUCAAUGCUUUUCCCCCUUUUCACGAUUUCACGCUUUCUUCCCAUCAGCCAUCAUUCACAUUUCACCAAAAUCACGCCGCCGCCGGUUGCUCCUUUGUUAUUUUUCCCCCGCCGGUUGCUCCUCGCCACCAAGUUUAAGAAAAAAAAUCUUUUGGGUCGUGACCCAUUUAGAAUGAUGGAUCGUGAGCUGUAUCUGACAUAUUUCAGGCCCAGACCAAACCCUAUAUGUAGCUGCAGAGUUCUUGCUGCCAUCGUUCGUCUCUCUCUCUUUCCUCGUUGUGUUAGAUUCGUAAGUUAGAUUUUGGCGACCAAAGUUCAUAUAUGGCUGCUGCUUUUGCUUCAAAGUUCUCCCGCGUCGGUCGUUCAUUAUUGGGUGGACUUGGAAGCAAUUUGUCUGGUUCAUUAACCACAUCAAAUGAGACAGUAUGCAGCAGUUCCAUCUUGCAGCAACAAAGAACUUUCAUACAGAUGAGAACUGUGCUAAAAGUAGUGGACAAUUCAGGGGCAAAAAAGGUAAUGUGCAUACAAGCUUUGAAGGGAAAGAAGGGAGCGCGACUAGGAGACACUAUUGUCGCAUCAGUGAAGGAAGCCCAUCCCAAUGGAAAGGUGAAGAAAGGAAAGGUAGUGUACGGUGUCGUUGUGCGAGCUGCAAUGCAAAAAGGUCGCUGUGAUGGGAGUGAGGUCAAGUUUGAUGAUAAUGCUGUAGUACUUGUGGAUAAGCAAGGCCAGCCUAUUGGGACGAGAGUGUUUGGUCCAGUUCCUCACGAACUCAGGAAGAAAAAGCAUGUGAAGAUUCUUACUUUGGCAGAGCACAUUGCUUGAAAUCAAUAAUCAUAUCAGAGCCAAGGCUAGAAGGUUAUGUUUGUUAACUUCUUGUUCUUGAUGAUGUGCCCAAAAGAAUAACCUUAGUGAGGUUUAUUGGAAGAAAUUAGAGGAAUCUGCCAAAAACAUUUGAUAGAUUUGUCUUUGGUAAAUCAUAACAAAGUUGCUGCAGCUGCUUUUGAUGUUGCAGUUCCUCAAGUUAUUCUUAACAUUCUUCCUUUACAUCAUUGUUAUUGAUCCGUUUUCUAGUUAGGCAGUUACCAUUUAUGAGGUGUGAAUUUUAACAAACUAGGAUGUGACUGGUUAGUUUUCGAACCCGGUUCUCCCAAUGCUCAAGUGUUUUUUGGACUAUCUUUGUCUAUGCAAAUGUGUAUCCAAAAACCAACAUUUAUCCCUACGUUUUGUAUAAUAAGAAGUCAAGUAUUUUGUAGCUUAAA